AUGGACAGCGACGACACCAACACCGUCACCGCCGAGGUCUGCAGGGAGGACGACGUUGGGGAUGGAGAGCUCCUGGAGGUGAUGGUGGCUGGUUACCCAGUGCUGCUGGUGAGGAACAGGAAGGAGUUCAGCGCCCUGGGCAGCAAAUGUCCCCACUAUGGUGCCCCGCUCAGCAAAGGGGUCUUGAGAGGAGAGAGGCUGCGCUGCCCCUGGCACGGCGCCUGCUUUAACAUCAGAACUGGAGACAUCGAGGAAUACCCUUCUCUGGACUGUAUCUCCUGCUUUAAGGUAACAGUGGAAGAUGGAAAGGUGUUUGUUACAGCAAAAAAGAAGGACCUUGAAAACAGCCUGAGGGUGAAGGACAGAAGCAGGCGGUGCCUUGUCAACCAGAACACGAUGCUGCUGCUGGGGGGAGGUGUGGCUGCCCUGGUGUGUGCAGAGACGCUUCGCCAGGAGGGUUUUACUGGCAGGAUCAUCAUGGCCACUAAAGAGAAACAUGUUCCAUACGACAAGUCCAAACUGAGCAAGGAAAUGGACUUGAAAGCUGAGGAAAUCUACCUGAGGAAACCUGAAUUCCUUGAUGCUCAGGGCAUAGAGUUCUGGACAGAUAAAGAGGCAGUGUCGGUGGAUUUCCAGAAGCAGCAGGUCCACUUCAUGGAUGGUUCCUCUCAGAAAUACCAUCAGCUGCUCAUUGCAACAGGCAGCCACUCCAGCUUCCUCAAAGUCCCAGGUGCAGACCUGCAGAACGUGUGCGUUCUCCAAACCCCAGAAGACUCCAGCAAGAUCUUGGAGCUGGCAACUGGGAAGAAUCUGGUGAUCGUAGGAGCUUCAUUCGUAGGAAUGGAGGUGGCUGCCUUCCUCUCAGACAAGGCUGGUACCAUCUCAGUGGUGGAAAGAGAGGAGUUCCCUUUCCAGCACGCUCUGGGUCCUCAGGUUGGAGGCGUCGCCAUGAAGAUGCUGCAAAAUAAAGGGGUGAAGUUCCACAUGAAAUCAGAACUCUGUGAGCUGAAAGGAAAGUAUGGAAAGGUCACAGAGGCUGUUCUUGGCAACGGAGAGAAAUUACCUGCAGAUGUGGUAGUGGUGGGAAUAGGGUCGACCCCCAGCUCAGCAUUUCUGAAGGGCACCUCCAUUGCCAGAGAUGACAAAGGUGCCAUCCUGGUGGAUCUGCACAUGCAAACCAACAUCCCAAAUGUCUUCGCUGCGGGGGACGUGGUGUCCUUUCCAGUGGCGCUUCUCAACGGGGACCGGACCAGCAUCCAUCACCAACAAGUGGCUGAGGCCCACGGUCACGUUGCUGCCUUAAACAUGCUGAAGAAAGAAAAGGAGUUGCACACCGUUCCCUUCUUCUGGACCACGUUGCUUGGGAAAAGCAUCCGCUAUGCAGGCUGUGGAAAGGGAUACACGGACACUGUUGUGAAGGGCAGCCUGGAGCAACAGAAGUUCCUGAUCUUUUACCUCAAGGAUGGCCAUGUGACAGCAGCUGCCAGCCUGAACUGCGACCCCAUGGUGUCUCUCAUUGCAGAAGUUUUAUACUUGGGGAAACUAAUCUCCAAAGAAGAAGCAGAGGCCUGUGACAUCGGCAACAUAUCCUCGCUGGCACAAACCUGAGCUUGGUACCUGCCCCUGUGAGGGGCACAUACCCAAGGGUUAACAGCUCCACAUCCUCCUGUCCUGGAGAAAUAAAACCAUCAGCAAA